CCUUUCCGCUUUUACUCAACAUUUACUCCGUACUCAGUAUCUUUUUCCAACACCUCACCCUCCGAUCCUGCUCUCUCCCCAAACGAAAACUACAUCACCACGCAAAGUCCACAACCCAAACCCAAUCCCUCACACCAAAAACCCGAAAAAUCCAAACCCACACCAUGUCCUCCACAACCCCCACCACCACCACCACCACCACGAAGCUCCAAGCAAUCUACACAGCCCCCCACCAACAAUCCCAAACCUUCACGCAACCCAUCGCCGCCCCUCUCCCUGCUGCUGCUGCUGCUACCUCCUCAACCGAUCCCGCCCACACCCAAACCAAAAUAGCCUACCUCGCCGAACUCCGCAAACAGGUCCCGGCCCUGCAAAACGAGAUCAACAUCUUCCUGACGGAGAAGAUGGAAGAGGACAAACGGGCCGCCGACGGCCAACUCUCCGAGAAGGAAGCCAAGGAGGAAGCCAAUUACGGCGAGGAGGUCGUGGAUGAGGAGGAGGAUGCUUGAGGGGUGCACGUGCACCUAGAAAACGGGACCUGUCAUCCCACCGAACAGAAACAUACCUGUGAGCGCGCGGGGCUGAAAGGUGCCCAACUCCAAUUGCGUCGCUGAACUACGCCAUCGACAAAAUAGGGUUUACGUGGAUGUGUGACCGUGAACGUGAACGUGAAUACAUGAUGAUGAUGAUGAGAUUGAACACUUUCAGGGAGGGUUCAGGGGUAGGCUAUGACAUGAUAUGAUUCGAAAAAAAAGGAAAGAUGCAAAAUAUGAAAGAGAUCGCUAUCCCCCCGGGUAUCAUCGUGCAGGAAGCGUCCGCCCCACUCCAAAAUGGCAAAUAUGUGAACAAGGAGAUCACGAAGAGAAAAAAAAAAAAAAAAAGAAA